AAUAAGAAAACUAAUUACACGAUGCACUAUCAUUUUGUAAAUUUAUAAACAUGUUAGAAAAUCUCAUAAAUCAUGGGACAACCGUCGUCGCUUUGCAGAAUAUAACUAACGCUUCCACGUUUUGUUGAUUUCAUUUCAACAAAUAGUGAUAUUUAUAUCUCGUGCCACGUUACACUAUCAACGUUUUACUUGAUUAUCUAUUUGUACGCACUUGAAAGUUGAGAAAGCGACUGAUAACUUUAGAUUGUGUGAUUUGCGCGGUGUGAACCCGGCCGGAACUUUGCUAGACAGGCUGAACAAAAUUCCAUUCUGCUAGGCUGGAUAAUUCUCACCGGAAUUAGCGCUAAUCUACGACCAGGCAUCACGGACUGCCGCACCGACUGCUGCACUGACCGUUCGCUUUAACCAGCCUCAGAUUAGCAUACAACGUGUCCCUUUUUAGAUCAUAACAUACCGCUUGUGAGGCGGACGGAGAAGACAAAGCGAAUUUUAACGAGGAUGUGUUAGCUAAUAUUAGAAGCAACGCCACGGUGAGCAAGGCGUGAUAGUGGUAAUCGUGAUUAUUAAAAAUUUACACGUAUUAGCCGAUCGAUCGGUCCUCGAAGAGAGAGAAGAGAAAGAGCUCGACCGGAGGCGGAGGCGACGAUGAGCUAAUUCAAUUGGACCCGCGUGCGUGCAACGUCAUCAACUGCGGCCGGUUACGCUUUCAAAAAUGCCGGACAUACCAACGAAGCGCCCGACCGUCCACUGACCUGAGCAGCACGGCAAAAAACGAGGGAUUUUCCACCGGCGAAUGCAAACGCAAUAAGAUACGCGACGCACGCGGCCGCGAGCGAUCGGCGCCGGGCGAGCGAGACACGAAGUGGGAUCGUGUCAUAUGUCAUUGUCAACAAAGUAUAAUGUUUUUGUCGAGUUAAACGUGCAGCCGCAGCACGGCUGUCGCCGGUUAAACGCGCUCCUCUUUUCAACCUUCCACCUUCGAGAAGGUUUUUUCUUGCGGUAGUGCGCAUCGCACUGCGUAGCGUUGCGCUGUGCCUCGGCACGGUUGUCGCUGGCGCAGUUGCAGUCGCGACUCGAGCGGAGCCGCGCGCGCUCUCGCUUUGCCGUCGCGAUAUAUUAAACCGUUGUCGCGCGGGUGAUCAAUGGUACAUCGCACUUCGCGCUCGCGCCCGAGUUCGCUCGCGUCGCACCGUCCAUCGUGUUCUUCGCCGCUGCGAGACCGUCCAUCCGCGUACACGACACUUGUCGUUCGUUCCCGCAGUGUGACGACCUGCGUUUCGAGCGACAGUUCGUGUGUUUUGCGACGGCGAGCCAGUUUGUCGUUCCAGAAGUGCACUCGCGAGUGUCGGAAAGCGAUAUUAGCGAUGUCGCGCUUAAAGUGCGUUGCUUCAUGCCUCACGCUCUAAUUGCCUGCUCCACGUAAUUCAUUAUUGCAAUGGACUGAUACAGCUGUCGUGCAAACAAUCGUUCGAAAGCAAGAUUUGCAAUGAGUUCACAACCGAUUGUGGUACCUGGUGGAGACCAUCAGCGUCCUCCAGUGGAAACUCAUUCUGUUGGAAGCUCAGCGGACAGCUUUAAGACAAUGACACCGCCAAAUGUCAGCAGAUCCCUCAGUCAACCAGCAGAUCGACAACCUCGACGAAGCAGCAUUCAAGCACAGUCUACACCAUUACCUAAACUUCCAUCAACCGAGUCCCUUUCGACAAGUAUAAAUAUUACAGCCGGUGCACCUCCAGUUUCUCCAGGACUCUCCGCAAUGGGUGAAACGAGUCAAAAAGUUGAUAAUUUAUCAGACAAGUCGUUGGAUUCCUGCAAAUUAACGCGAAAAGAAUCAUAUAAAGCACAGAGAAAGAAUUAUCGGAUGGAGAAGAAAAGGGUAGCCAAUGAGCUUUUAAGUUCCUUCAAGGAUCCAACCGUUAUUGUUAUGAGCGAUUGGUUGAAGGUUCGUGGAACAUUGAAAAGUUGGACCAAAUUGUGGUGUAUUCUGAAACCUGGUUUAUUGCUGCUGUAUAAAAGCCCAAAAACAAAGAGUAAUCAUUGGGUGGGAACGGUGUUACUUAAUACAUGCCAAGUCAUAGAACGUCCGAGUAAAAAGGACGGAUUUUGUUUUAAAUUGUUUCAUCCCUUGGAGCAGUCGAUUUGGGCUCCUCGAGGACCGGAGAAAGAAGCUAUUGGUGCCGUUGUACAACCUUUGCCGACGUCUUACUUAAUUUUCCGAGCACCAUCGCAAGCAGCAGGCAAAUGUUGGCUGGACGCACUUGAAUUGUCGUUACGUUGCUCUUCAUUAAUAGUGCGCUCAACGAGCGCAUUACCACGUCCUUUACCACACGACACAACUACUACUCAUGAAACUCAAUGGAGCGAGGCUGAUUAUGAAAAGCAUUUUGAUGAUCAUGAGUACGAUACCCGUCAAGUAGUAACGCUAGAUCCUGUGUACACCUCGCAUACAGACCUGGACGAUAUCAGUCAGCCGGAGAAUGGAGUAGCGGCUGAUGUUGAAAUCAGUGCUUCGGACAGCGAGUCUGAGGCAUCGGCCAAGGAAGACCAGUCGCCCGAACCAAUCACUGAAACACCAUACGUGGCAAACGAAAAUGAAUUUCUUGGAACGGCUGGCGAAGUCGUCGCGGAGCUGCAAGAAGAACAAAAGUCUCUGAUAUGGUUCUUGAUGAAACAAGUUCGUCCUGGCAUGGAUCUAUCCAAGGUUGUAUUGCCUACUUUUAUUCUGGAACCACGUUCGUUUCUGGAGAAACUGGCCGAUUCGUAUUAUCAUGCCGACUUAUUAUCUCUAGCAGUAUUGGAAGACGAUGCAUUUACACGUAUGAAAGCUGUAGUAAAAUGGUACUUAUCAGGAUUUUAUAAGAAACCACAGGGCCUGAAAAAACCGUACAAUCCGCUUUUGGGAGAAACAUUCCGUUGCUAUUGGCAACAUCCCAAUGGUUCAAGAACAUUCUACUUAGCCGAACAAUUAUCGCAUCACCCACCUAUCUCGGGAUUCUACGUAACGAACCGCCAAGACGGAUUUACCAUUAGCGCCACGAUAAUUGCAAAGUCAAAAUUUUAUGGGAAUUCAACUUCCGCAGUUUUGGACGGUGUUGCUAUAUUAACGAUGCUGCCGAGAGGUGAAGAUUACACAAUGACAAUUCCUUAUGCACAUUGUAAAGGUAUUCUUAUGGGAACGUUGUCUAUGGAACUUGGUGGAAAAGUGAACAUAACAUGCGAAAAAACUGGCUAUCAUACUGAAUUAGAAUUUAAACUUAAGCCGUUUCUUGGUGGUGCAGAACUAAUGAAUCAAGUUGUGGGACGAAUACGUCUUGGAAAGGAAACUUUAGCUACUAUAAUCGGAUAUUGGGAUGGAUUGAUUUCAAUAGUGGACAAACGAACAGGACAAGAAAAUGUAUUCUUCAAUCCGACUCCAGAAGUACGUCAAAAAAGGUUAAAGAAAUAUACCGUUCCUAUGGAAUGUCAAGGGCCGUGGGAAAGCGAGAAACUGUGGCAUGCUGUUACGCAGGCCAUCAAUAGGGAUGAUCAAACCGCUGCUACGGAAGCUAAAACUGGACUCGAGGAAGCACAAAGGGAACGCGCUAAAGAGCGGAAAAGUCUGGGACAAGAAUGGAUUCCAAAAUACUUCGUCCAAGAUAUUAUAACAGGAAAUUGGGUGUAUCGGCAUGCUGAUGUAAGACCGUGGGAUCCGAGAAAUGAUGUAGUACAAUAUGAAGAAAAUUAUGUAGUACGCACAAAGACUAGACAUAAAACACCUAUUAUGCGUACUGGUAGCAUUGUUUCUACUGAACCACAAUCACAGAUUCCUUUACUACAAGCUGAAUCACGUUCUUCCUUAUCAGUGCUCAAAUCUUCGAAGAGACAACUAUCUAACAAUAUGCCUCUAACAGAAACUCACGAUUCCGGAAGCUCAUCCGCAGAAGCACAUACCGAUUCUAGUCAGUCAAUAGGAAAAAGGAGACGUUCAACUGCUAGGAUAAUAGAUAUUGUAAAAGAAGUAGAUAAUCAAAUGCUACAUCAUGGCGAAAAAUUGAACCGUAUACAACAGAUUGUAGAACAAAUUGCAAGGAAGCAAAGAGAGUCCGGCGAACAACAUCAUAAUAUAAAUAUGUCUAAAAGCUUUAUUGAUACUAUACUUAUUAUUAUUAUUGUUUUCUUUGUACAAUAUUUUAUAAGCGUGUGGAAAAAUAAUUCUGCUAAGGAUUAAGAGACUUAGUAAGAUUAUUCGAUAUGUUUUAUAUCAUUCCUCAUUCGAAUUAUGCGCAUCAGUUGGUUCUUAUUCUACAAUUCUUGCAGCAUGGUGUCGGCACUGCUUCGUGAUAAUAAUGGAGUGAAUCAUUUUGGGAUAAAAAGUUUUUUUUUUUCAAAAGAAUAUGUAGAAUAUUCAUCAAUGUAGAAAUAAAAUAUUUAUAGAAAGUAUUAGGAGCCCUGCAUGUAGAUUCAGUGCAAUGGUAUUUUGUUAUAGUUGCAGAAAUAUGAAGAUUCAAGUGCAAGAACUAAACUAACAAUCUCUAUAUGAGCUUAUAUUGUAUAUAGGGCUUAAGUAAAAAAUGGGAAGACAUAGUUCUCAAAUUACUAAUCUAAUUUUUAUCGCAACCAGCCAGUACCAAAUUGUAAUAUAAUCGCAUAAUUGUUGUAAAAAUGUUGGUCAAACGUCCAUUUUGCUGUUAAUUUAUUGUAAAUCUCGUUAUAUUUAAUUCUAUAUUAAUAUAUGGAAUAUAAUGACGUAUUACAAUUUGAUUUCGAUGUGAUAUCAAAUUUACAACAAUAUCUUGUUAUAUUAAGCUGUCAUUUAUACUUUAUCCAUGAUAUAAAUUCGCAAUGAAUUAACUUUGUUAUGAGUACAUUCACAUUGUAAUGCAGAAUAUCAAAUGUUUAUGUUUAUACAAUAUUGACAAAAAUUUUUCUCUAAAACUCCAGUGAAAAGUUUGAUUUUUAUAUUUCUAUAUUUACUGCUAAGCUUAUUUUUAUGUGAUAUCUCGAUGAUUGCAACAACAUUAGAAUUGUAAAUUUACGCAAGUCGUUUAACAUUCGAUAUAAUUAUUGAUUUGAUCGAUAAUUUUUUUUAAUCAGUAAAUAUAUGAUGAUGCAACUUUUUAAAAUUUUAAGUUUAAUAAAAUAGUAUAGUGUGAUAGACCGUCCUGUGACAAGUAUAGUUACCCUAAUUGUAUAUGUUAAAAAAUGUAUUUACUUAAUUGUCAGAAAUUGCGCGAAAGAAUUAUUUAAGAAAAAGCAUGAUCACAGAAAAUAUGCAAUGAUAUAAAUGACUUUUGAUAUAGCAGUAACUCAUAAUAUUGGUACUUUUUAAUUAUGCGUUAAAAGUAAUUUUAACGAAUUUUAUAAUGCACAUAUCUUUCAGUAUUACCACAAAGAUUAUAUCAAGUUUCCUUGGAUUAUGAUUCAGACAGGGUUUUUCUUAAUAUUUGUUAAGAUACCAAUUCCGUUAAUACUGUGUAUAUAUAAAUGUAAAAGAAUAUAUAUUAAAAUACAAGCUAUAUGUGCACAUGUGCAAUUUUCCAUACCUAUUAUGACUACGAAAUGGACCUACUUGAAUAGUUGUGUGCAACUAUUAUUGUUUCAGCAACAUCAAGAAUGUGUUAUAGUAAAUUGAUUAUAUAGGUAGUUACAAAAUUCGUUAAGAAUUUUAAGAAUAUGUUGUAUUAUCUUGAUAUGUCAUAUGAUAAUAUUGAUUGAUAUUGAUAUUGAUUAAUAUUAACAUGAUAAUAUUGAACAUAAACUUUGUGAAGAGUAUUCUUUUUAUAUUUUAAAAAUAUUAUGUGACGUAGUUUAUACACUUUCGAAGACUUGCUUUACGCUAUGAAUGUAUUACAUUUUUAUACAAUACGUAUUUUUCACAGAAUAUGAAACAAAUGUUUAAUUUAAUCCAUUGAUGUUGUCACAAUUGAGACGAGAAGAAAUAUAAUAUGUACACAAAUGUA